UCGCCCUUGAAUAUUAAUCUACAUUUACCUCAGUAUUUCAUAGUUUGUUGAUAGUUUGCAUAAAUGAUGGCUCAGCUCCAGCAAGGAGGUCCAGAUGAAAAAGAGAAGACCACUGCUUUAAAGGAUUUAUUGUCUAGAAUAGACUUGGAUGAACUAAUGAAAAAAGAUGAGCCACCACUUGAAUUUCCUGAUACUUUGGAAGGAUUUGAGUACAUUUUUAAUGAAAAAGGGCAAUUAAGACACGUUAAAACUGGGGAGCCAUUUGUUUUUAAUUAUCGUGAAGAUUUGCAUAGAUGGAAUCAAAAGCGCUAUGAAGCUCUUGGAGAGAUCAUUACUAAAUAUAUUUAUGAACUACUGCAGAACGAAUGCCACUUGAAGAAAGUAACUCUUCCAGUUGAUGCAAUUGAGACUGAACCAAAGAGCUUUAUCUUUAUGAGUGAAGAUGCAUUAGUAAAUCCUGACAAGCUAUUGGUCUUAAUUCAUGGUAAUGGUGUUGUCAGAGCUGGUCAGUGGGCUAGGAGACUCAUAAUUAAUGAAGAUCUGGACAGUGGGACACAGAUACCAUACAUAAAGAGAGCUAUUGAGGAAGGCUAUGGUGUAAUAGUUCUGAAUCCCAAUGAGAACUAUAUUGAAGUUGAGAAGACAAAAGCCCAAAUACAGCUGUCUUCUGAUAUCUCAGAUGAACCUGCAGAAAAGAGAGAAAGAAAAGAUAAAAUCCAGAAGGAAACAAAGAAGCGACGUGACUUCUAUGAAAAGUAUCGAAAUCCACAAAAAGAAAAAGAAACUAUGCAGAUCUAUAUUAGAGAUAAUGGCUCUCCUGAAGAACAUGCAAUUUAUGUUUGGGACCAUUUUAUUUCCCAGUCAGCUGCAGAGAAUGUGUUUUUUGUUGCUCACAGUUAUGGUGGACUUGCCUUUGUAGAGUUGAUGAUUCAACGAGAGGCAGAAGUAAAGAAUAGGGUAACUGCUGUGGCAUUGACAGACUCUGUUCACAAUGUGUGGCAUCAAGAAGUUGGGAAAACUAUUCGAGAGUGGAUGCGAGAGAACUGCUGUAACUGGGUGUCCAGCUCCGAACCCCUGGACACAUCGGUGGAGUCCAUGCUGCCAGACUGUCCCCGUGUCUCUGCAGGUACAGAACGCCAUGAACUAACUUCUUGGAAGAGUUUUCCAUCUGUUUUCAAGUUCUUCAGUGAGGCUGUAAAGGCGAAGAACAGCUUGGUGAAACCAACCCCAACACGGCGCUCCAACAGGAUAAAAUACGAAGAAUUCUAAAAGGAGUGCAGGAAAAACCCACCACCACCAAUGUCUUUGCUGCUUGUUUUCUGCAAGGAGUCUCCCAGCCCCUCAUUAGAUUGUUUUCUUCCUAGAGCACAGGGUCGUGAUGUAUACAUCUAAAUAGCAUUUUGCAUUAUUUCUAGAUGAGUGCAACUGUCAAAGCAAUAUGGGUUCACUGGUUGUGCUUCCUGUGGGCUGUAACUUGGAUUUUGUGCUGCCCAUCAGUGUGCAGAUUAAGGCUGACAGUGGUACUGCACAGUGCAGCAUGGUGCAGCUCUAAUUGCCUUGACAUAGCCCUGCACCCAGCUGAUGCCAGAAUUUAACAGCUUCAUCGCAGUGCUAUUGCCUACAGGAUAUUUUGCAGCUUCCUUCUAUUUUGAGACAGAACAAAAUAUGAAUUGCCCUUUUUUAAAAGACGGGCCUAACUCAAACGUGUUAACCAGCCUAUGAUUUUACACCCAGUAUCCUUCUCUUUCUCUGGGACCAAGUGGAAUUGACUUCUAACUCUCUCAUUUUUCUGCUGGCAAGAGUGUCCAAGAAGUUUGGCCCAGAAUUCUCGAAAGGCUCCAUUGUUGAAGAUAUUUUCUCUUUCUAGAUCAAUGGCAUUAUCUGUAAAUCUUCUCUUCCUUAGGAAAGUUCUACUUUAAAAAAAUGCCUAUACAUUAACAGGCUGGAACACACUGUGAAAUAUGACAGGAAAAAAAAAAGAGAGAGACAAACAGCAUAUUUUUUUGUUUAUUUUUAAACACAAAAAUGCUUCCAUUUUCAUAUGCUGGGUUUGUAAUGACUUGCCAUCCCAUAGUUAUUCCCUUUUCUCUAAACUCACAGGUUCCUACCCACUUUCCCAGUCUCUCUGACAAAGGUUGGCCAGCAGGGCACUCUGUGUGAGGAUUUCACACCAUGCAUAGGAAUGUAUUGCUGUAGCCAUAACUCUUUUGUUAGGCAGGUUUUCUCCACUAAAACUAAGGGAAAAGAUGUGCUUGAUAGCAUGCGUAGUGAGCAAGCACUCUAAUUAAGCUCCUUUGGUGUUGAUAAUACUAAAUUAAAGUUGUCCUUUCUUUAAUGGCCAUGCCCACCUUGCCACUGAUGCUGUUAGUGGCAAAGAGGGGCCACUCAAACAUGAGUUUUGGACCCAAUCCUGCCCUCUCCUCAUACAGUGUGUCCAAUCCUACAGCUGGGGGCCAGAAGUGGUGGUGGGGAGCAUUGAAACGAGACAGUGCCAAAACAGGGGCACCCUCCUAUGCCAUGGAGCAAAAGCAGAAGUGCUCAUAGUGAGGUGUGAAGGGAAACCCAGCUGGGUUUGGGCCUAAAUCCUCCACCUGGGUGGCUCACAGCACCCAUAGAGAGCUUACAUCCCUACCUGCUAAUACUGGCAGCAGGACUUCACUUCCCCAACUGCUGCUUCCUGUCAUCUCAUUGCAUUUGAGCUCUGCCCUUGGGGAGGGGUGCUUGGAGCAAACCCCUGGGGGGGGCAUGCCUAUGUGGAGGGAAGUGCAGUAUCUGUGCCUGGCAGAUUUUCUUCCUGGAGGGGAACCUGUUGCUGCGGGGAGAGGACUGCACCUGGAUUCCUCUGACCUCUGGUCUCUGUACUCCCAGUCAGAGGAUGCUGCUGCCUGUGGCCAGCCUGAUCCCCCGCUGCAGGGGUCUACAACCUUCCCUCUCCAGGUCUGUGUCCACCCCAGCCCCCUGGACCCUGUGUGUUCAGGGGUAAGUCGAGAGUUUACGUGGUGUGGCUUGGGUGUCCGUGCUUCAUCCUGCAGACGGGGAAGGUGCAGAGGCCGGGGAAGUUCGCACAUGCACACACCAGACCUGCCACUCUGCAUCUUUGUGGAAGUGAAAUGGAUUCUCUAAGGUGCCCAAAUAUUGGAGGAUCAGAUCUAUUUUUUUAAUUGUUGAUAAGAAACAGUCUACAAACAUUUUUACUGUAACACUUACCAUUUUCUAAAAAUUUUUCUUUACUGUACCCUGGGCCCAGCACACAUAAUCGCUCCUGUGUGGGGCUGUAGAGCAGAGGGGAUCCUCACCACUGAUACUGCUCUGCUUGCAAUGAACAAAAAAUAAAUAUGCUCUCUUCUCUC